AUGAUUGUUGGACCCCGAGAAUCCGAUAGCUCUCCGAGCCUCCCAGCUCAAAGCGGCCGGUUUCCACUGAAGGUGGGAGGACAAUCAGUUAGACAGCGUCCAAGCGCAGCAACGGAUCUCGCGCGGCGCGUAUCAGUCCUGUCCUUACGACUCCUCUUCCACCAGCGAUACCUCCCUCCCCUGAUCUUGGCACUCAUUUCCGCUUCCCAGGCUAUGAACGCUGUUUUGGUCGGCACAGAAGGCGACUCACAGAAAGCUAUUGAUACAGGCUGCAGCUAUAGCAACAGCAUUGACGACUCUGUGCUACAACAAAUUAAAUCUGAGGUUGAAGAGUGCCUGGCCGGGUUAGCGAAGGGCCCUCGCAUCACUUGGUUGAACACACUCCGUCCUGGGACUAGACAGCGUCACAUCGAAGCGUGCAAGACACGCUUGCAGACUUUACAGAACGUGCCGGGUCUGCGAGACGGCCAUGCCGUCAGCGUCGAAGAGUUGGACAAGCGCAUCGCCGACAUCGAGAAUCUGAUUCCCAAUCAGAUUCUCAGUUCCUCCCUUGGAUUGGACACAUCCCCUGAAAAGCCCGCCGGGAGGGAUAUCAUGCGCGAUUUGCCCCUCUUGAAACCGACCAGGGUCCUAACGGGCGUAAAUGGUGCAGCUGCUGUGAUCCAGCCUGUGAGCUUGGAGCAAAUGCAUUCAUAUCCUGAUGACAGGACGAAGAAUAUUUGCUCCAGCCGCCUGCUUCGCCUAGACACGCAUAGGGAUACCUCGAAGCUGAGGAAUCUAGCGCUGGUGGAUCCGGAUGCAUAUUUCGUGCCUUCGAAAUACCUCUAUGUCAAAGACAGCUGGAACUGCGGCAUCUUCUUCGCAGUGGGGUUUUGCUCAUGGAGCUCUCUGCAUCUUUCCGUCGAUCAACCCCAGAUUUGCGUUACCCCUUCCCAGACGACGUGGCCCAGGUUGUGCGCGGUGGUGGGGGCCGUCUUCAAGGCUAGAUGUCUCUACACCUCGACGUUCCGAAACGGCGUCGCGUUCUCGACUAUGCGCAGGAUCUGUGAGUCGCUAUCCUUAUCCACUUAA